UUCACGACUAAGAAGGGUUGUUGUUAUAUCAGUUUACAUAUCGAUCAUCGAGAAUAAUGGCAACUGAUAACACAAAGAAUCGCAAUUGUUUAUCAAUUAAAAAUUUGGAUUACAAAAAAGAUUUAAAUUACAGCAUGGAAUUAAAUCGUUGGUUGUUAAAAGCAAUAGGAAUUUGGCCUACAACUGAAAACGCUAGUUUAUUCGAUAUACUAUUGGCAAGAUUUUUAAAUUUAUUUCAUUCGUCAUUGAUCGGUUUCAUUUUAAUUAGUACAAUUUUAUAUAUAUUAUUGGACGUAAAAGAUAUACAAGCUAAAUUAAGCAAAAUAGGACCGGUAACGUUUACAACAGGAAACCUGAUUAAAUAUUGGUUAUUGAUAUUACACGGUAAUGAAAUCAAACGUUGUUUGAAUCAUAUUCAAGUUGAUUGGAAAGAUGUUAAACGUCAGGAGGAUCGUCAAAUUAUGUUAGAAAGUGCACAAAUUGGUAGACGUAUCGUUGUAAUAUCAGCAUCAUUUGGUUUAGGUGCUUUGUUUUUGUAUCGUGUUGUAGUACCUUUAAAUUCACCUAAAUUGGUAUCAGGAAACUUAACGUUCAGACCAUUGGCAUAUCCCGUGUCUAAAGUUAUCAUCGAUGCACGUCAAAGUCCAGCCAACGAGUUAAUGCUUUUAAUUCAAUGCAUUUGUGGUUUUAUCACGAGUGCAAUAACAGCUGGUUCGUGCAGUUUCGUUGCCAUUUGUUCUUUACACGCUUGUGGUCAAUUGAAGAUUUUAAUGGGUUGGUUAAAUCAUUUGAUCAAUGGAUUUCCCGAAGAAAAUGAUUCUGUUGAUAACAGAUUGAGCGAUAUUGUUAAAAAACACGUGCGAGUGUUAAAUUUUAUCACUUAUACGGAAGAUUCGAUGAACGAAAUAUCUCUGGUUGAAAUCUUAGCAUGUACUUUGAAUAUUUGUAUGGUUGGAUAUUAUAUGAUCAUGGGAUGGAAUCAUGUUAAUGCGAUUAAUUUAUUCGCUUAUGUUACACUACUGACAUCAUUUAUGUUCAAUAUAUUUAUCAUUUGUUAUAUCGGUGAACUACUUGCUGAAGAGUGCAAGAGAAUGGCAGAAUCGGCUUACAUGAUCAAUUGGUACGAAUUGAAAGGAAAAAAAGCUCUAAGUUUAAUUAUAAUCAUUUCAAUGUCCAUAUCAUCGAGCAGACUCACUGCAGGAAAAUUCGUCGAAUUAUCUUUGAGAAGUUUUGGCGAUGUUAUAAAAACUUCGGUUGGUUACUUGAACAUGCUUCGUGCUGUUACAUCAUAAAAAAUAUUUAGAAAG